UCUCGCUGGGCUCCACCAUCCAGUCGCACACCAAAGGCAUCUGGAUGUGGUGCCUGCCCCACCCCAGCCGGGCCGGCCACACCCUGGUGCUGCUGGACACCGAGGGGCUGGGCGAUGUGGAGAAGGGCAACACGAAGAACGACACGUGGAUCUUCGCGCUGGCCGUGCUGCUCAGCAGCACCCUGGUCUAUAACAGCCGGGGCACCAUCAACCAGCAGGCCAUGGAGCAGCUGCACUACGUGACGGAGCUGACGGAGCUCAUUAAGGUGAAGCCGGUGGCUGAGGGCGGCCGAGAGGGCAUCAAGGUGAAGGCGGAGGGCAGGGGCGGGCGGCAGGAGGAGGAGGAUUCGGCUGAGUUCGUGCGGUUCUUCCCGGCCUUCGUGUGGGCCGUGCGGGAUUUCGUGCUGCAGCUGGUGCUGGACGGGCAGGAGAUCACCGAGGACGAGUACCUGGAGAACGCCCUGAAACUAAAGCCAGGCAGCAGCAAGCAAGACCAGCACUACAACUUGCCCCGAAAGUGCAUCCGCCAGUUCUUCCCGGCCCGGAAAUGCUUCGGCUUCGUCCCGCCGGCCGGUUGGAAGCACCUGGCCCGGCUGGAGGAGCUGCGGGAGGACGAGCUGGAGCCCGAGUUCCAGGAGCAGGUGGCCCAGUUCUGCCGCCACGUCUGGGAGACGUCGAAGCCCAAGACCCUCCUGGGCGGCCACGUGGUGACCGGGGCCAUGCUGGGGAACCUGGCGGUGACCUACGUGGACGCCAUCCGCAGCGGGGCGGUGCCCUGCAUGGAGAGCGCGGUGCUGGCCCUGGCGCAGAUCGAGAACUCGGCGGCGGUGGGGGAGGCCGUGGCUGUCUACGAGGAGCAGCUGGAGCGGCGGGCGGCGCUGCCCACGGAGAGCGUGCAGGAGCUGCUGGAGGUGCACGCCCAGUGCGAGCGGGAGGCGCUGCGGGCGUUCAUGGCGCGCGCCUUCAAGGACGACGAGCAGCAAUACCAGCGGCACCUGAAGGACAAGCUGGACUCCAAGCGCACUGAGCUCUGCCGCCGGAACGAGCAGGCGUCGUCGGACCGGUGCACGGCCGCGCUGAGGGAGCUGUCGCAGGAGCUGGAGGAGCGGGUCCGCGAGGGGAGCUACUCGGUGCCCGGGGGCUACCAGCGCUUCCUGGCCGACCAGCGGGAGAUGGUGGAGAAAUACCAGCGGGUGCCAGGGAAAGGGAUCAUGGCGGCCGAGGUGCUGCAGGAGUUUCUGAAGUCCAAGGAGACGGUGGCCCAGCCACUGGCCCUGACCAUGUGGCCCCCCCCUCCAGCGGAGCGGGCGCGGGCCGAGGCGGCCGAGCGGGAGGCCCAGCUGAGCCAGGAGAUGCAGGCCAAGACGGAGCAGCUGCUGCAGGACCAGGAGCGCAGCCACGAGGAGCACGUCCGGCAGCUGACAGCCAAGAUGGAGGAGGACAGGAGGCAGCUGCUGGCCGAGCAGGAGAGAGCGCUGGCCCUGAAACUGCAGGACCAGGCGCAGCAGCUGUGCGCGAGUUUCCAGAGGGAGGCGGCGCAGAUGCAGCAGCAGUUGCAGCAGCAGAUGCAGCAAAUGCAGGAGAUGCAGAAGAAGAGAAAACGGCGCAAGCGGCGCAGGUGGUACCGUUUCGGGUUCUGAUGGGGGUGAGAGGAAACUUUAACCGUGAUUCCAGGGGCUACGCAGGCACCUGAAAACUCUCAGGUUGUUUUGCAGAGAAUAACUUAGAAAUUAGCUGACAGGAGCUCUGUGUUUAAUUGCUAUAUAAAGAAAUCAAGUGAAAUAAACAGCGUCACUCAGCUCUAAUCCUAACAUGCUCUGACAUCGUGGGGCACGUCACUGAAGGGGCACUGCAGUUAGGUUAAUGUCUAGUCUUACUUUGUUACUAACUCUCGAAUACAACAAUUGAAACUAUGGUA